AUGAAUCCAACCCCUCCGCCGUAUGAGGAGGUUCCUCAGACCAAACUGCUGCCUGGGGAUACCCAUGAAUCACAUCAGCACUUAUUACCACCUUCGCCAUCACCAAACGUCUUGUCUUCAAAGGUUGAUAGUUCGAGUUUUGAUGACUUCCGCCGAAUGUCUUCGAGUACAUCUCCAUGCCCCUCGCCAAUACCUCUAAGACAAUUCUCACACCAAGGACUCGAUUUACCAGUCGAAGCUCCACCGUCGAAAUGGAGACAGUUCUGGAUAAGGAAUAAGCCCGCUGCCUACGUUGCUCUAUCGCAAUUCUUUGGGGCACUGAUGAACCUCAGUGCUCGUUUAGUCGAACUCGAAGGCGACGGCAUGCAUCCUGUUCAGGCCCUACUUAUGAGACACUCCAUCACAGCACUAUUCUGUUCGGCUUACAUGUGGUGGAACAAAACUCCUGACUUCCCCUUUGGAAAGAAAGAGAUUCGAUGGCUGCUGUGGUUGCGAGGAGCAAGUGGUUUCUGGGGUAUUUUUGGCGUCUGGUAUUCGAUGAUGUAUAUCUCACUCGCUGAUGCUACUGUUAUCACAUUCUUGGCUCCUGGUGUUGCAGGCUUUAUCUGCUGGUUUGCUCUUCGUGAGCCGUUCACUAGAAUCGAGCAACUUGCCACGUUGGUUGCUCUUCUAGGUGUUGUACUAAUUGCUCGGCCUGCCUCGCUAUUCUCGAGCUCUGACGAUGGAAACUCGACUACCGAGCCGCCCGAAUCUAGUGGUAUACCAGGUAUUGACCAUGAAGCCACCCCUGAAGAACGCUUGAUAGCUGUUGGUAUAGCCCUUCUGGGUGUUCUGGGAGCAGCUGGCGCCUUCACGACCCUCCGAACCAUCGGGAAACGAGCACAUCCUCUCAUCUCAGUCAACUAUUUUGGUAUCAUCUCGACCUUCAUCGCUCUAUCCAUGCUCAUAUUUGCCCCUAUCCUCGAUAUCCAGCAACCAGGUCUGCGAUGGGUUACUCCAACCACAGUCAAGCAAUGGGCACUGCUGCUUCCCCUGGGUGUCAUGGGUUUUAUCAUGCAGUAUCUCCUUACGGCAGGCCUCGGGGCCGACAAGUCAAACCGUGCUAAUUCCAUGGUUUAUACACACAUGCUUUUCGCCGCAAGCUUCGAUCGAUGGGUUUUUGGACACAGAAUGGACUUCAUCAGUGGUGCAGGAUGUACUCUCAUUCUAGGAAGCGCUAUUGGCGUCGUCAUGCUCAAGAAACCACCAACUACAAAACAGCCCCUGGAUGAUGUUGAGAGACAUGGGAAUUUGGAGGGUGAGAUGGAGGGCUCCCCCAUGUUGGUGCCCGAUUCAGGGGCGUCAGAGGAACUGAGGCUUUCGAGAUGA